AUGCGGCGGCACUACGCGGCGCUCCUCCGCCGCGCCGCCUCGUUGCCGUCCCUCCCGCUCGUGGCCUCCAUCCACGCCGCCGCGCUUCGCCGGGGCGCUGUCCUCGUCCCCUCGCUCAUGCACGCAUAUUCAGCCUGCGGCGACCCCAUCUCCGCGCACAGCGUGUUCGACGAAUUGCCCUGGCAGGAGCAGACGCUCUCGGCGCGCACCGCGCUGGCCAGCGCGAUGUCGGCGCACGGACGGUGCCAGGAUGUACUCUUACUGUUCCAAGGAAGGGAGGGGGAGAUGGACGAUAAGGCGGUGACGGUGGUCCUCUCCGCGUGCGCGAGGGCAGGAAUGGUGGGCGAGGGGAGGGAGGUAUUCGCGAGGGUGAGGAGGCCGGCGCUGCAGCACUACACGUGCAUGGUAGAGAUGCUGGCGCGGGCGGGGAAGGUCGAGGAGGCUGAGGGGCUGGUGGCGCGGAUGGAGGCGCGCCCGGACAGGGUCAUCUUUGCGGUGCUUCUCUCAGCGUGCCGGGCGCACGGCCGCGUUGAUGUGGCUGAGAGAGUGGCCAGGUUGAUGCGACAUUAUGGUAUUGCAUGAAUUGUUCCAGUCUGACAGUUGACCAUCUGACCAUUGUGUUAGCCGAAGAUCAUCUAAAUAUCCUUGACUCCAUCCACAUACUGGUUUCCAUGAUAUGAAGCUAAUUUCAAAUGGUUGAUUGCUGGUGAUGGUUGAAUUACAUUCAGUGUGUCAAUGCAACACAAGCUGGCACAGAGCAGGUGCAAUCUGAAAGUUUUUGAAGUCGAUGCUGGUGCUUUGUCGUGGGUGGCAAACACCCACAGAUAAUUCUUGCAUUGGACGAACCACAUGAGCGACAGUUCACACUUUGAAGGCAUCUAUCAGAUUGCUGUAUAGUGAUUAUACAAUGUGAGGACAAUUGGUCAUUUGCAUUGGAAUGCCUGUUGGUUUUCUCAUUUCCCCUCUGUGUAAGCCCUUGCAUUAACUCAUACUGCUAGCUCUUAAAUUAUCUCGAUGGAGCAUGCAACAGCAACACGAGGAGAUGCAGCCGAGCUAGUAGACAAACCUGUCAGUUGCCGAGGAGCAGUUUUCAAUCGAAUGUCUUUCAAGCUUGAUGUGGAGGAAUUCCAUGAACUGUCAAACUAAUGCAAGUCUGCUUACCUUGCAGCCCAAAGUCACAAAUCCCAUAAUCUAUGAAAUGAGGCGCUGCCUCUUUUAUGAGUGAA